UUUAAAAAUACACUAGAGGACAGCAGAGUCAGGCUGAGACAGGCUAAGACAGAUAUAAUCAAUCCCUGAGCUCAAACUCUGAACUAGGAUCAACAAUCGAUCACCGAUCGUCGAAAUCCAUCACCGCAGGGAUGUCGGACGCAAAGCAAAUCAUGGCACAGAAAAGUGCUAAGAUUGCAGCUGGAGCUGUUGUGUGUGUUGAGAGUGAAAUAAGAGGAGAUGUGACCAUUGGUGCCAGGACAGUUGUCCACCCUAAAGCACGGAUCAUAGCAGAGGCAGGGCCUAUUAUCAUAGGAGAGGGCAAUCUAAUAGAAGAGCAGGCACUUAUUAUUAACAGUUAUCCAGAGAAUAUCAUGCCAGACACCGAGGGAGUUGAGCCAAAAACCAUGACAAUUGGGACCAAUAAUGUGUUCGAGGUUGGAUGUGUCUCUCAAGCUUUGAAAAUUGGAGACAACAAUGUGAUUGAGUCUAAAGCUGAUCUUGGGAGAAACGUGAUCCUGACCAGUGGAUGCAUCAUCGGUGCGUGCUGCCAGGUCAACACGUGUGAAGCCGUGCCGGAGAACACGGUGGUGUACGGCUCAAACUGCAUCAGGCGUGUGCAGAGCGAAAAGCCACAGCCUCAGACUCUGCAGCUCGACUUCCUCAUGAAGAUUCUGCCCAACUAUCACCACCUGAAGAAGACGGUCAAAGGAAACAGCACACCUGUCAGAAACUAAAGAUGCACCUGGAUCCAACUCAUCUUCCCUCAACUUGCACUUGUCUUGCACGUUAGUGUUAUCUCGUGAGUCUAGUAUAAUACCUCUGGCACUGAGAAAGACCAUCACGCAGUCUGCAUACGAGGAAAUCCAUCAUUCUUCAACGUGGUUUUACACUUUUGCUUUCAGAUCGACUAUUUAUUUGUGAUAUAUUUUGAAGCUCAAAUUGCAAAUUUGAUUUUGAUGUUGAUCAAUUACACUCAUAUAUAUUUAUAAUUGUUUAAGUAAAGACACAAACAUAUUGCAAUAAAG